UUCUGACUUUACUAAUUAGAUUAUUUUGAGCCAUAUGUGCCUGGUCACUUAAAUUUGGGAUCAUCUGUGGGUUUUAUUUAUGCCUUCUUCUUUUUUUAAACCACAUCUUAACACGAGUUCUGCAACAGGAGUUUCCUCUGCAUCUGUCUGCGUGAUUAAAAAGUUACAUAACCUCAUGAUCAGUUGACUGGCCAAGUCUGAUAGACUUGCUACGAAACUGAAAAAGAUAUACUAAAGAAGAGCAAUGGAGAUGGAAGACAUCGCCACAGAGAAGGAGAGAAACAUUGAGGAUGAAGGAGCGAGUGAAUCAAUGCUGGCGGUCAAAACUGAAGAGGAAGCACAACCAGACGUUUACUGUAAACUGAAAAAUCCAGCUGAGGACGUCUACGCAGAAGCUUAUUUUGGUGAAUCUCCACUUAAAAAAGGAGAAGACAAACAGACUGAGGGAAAUGCACGUCUGUACCGUGCAGGGUGUUUAAUCCUCACAAUAAUCUGCCUCGUCCUGCUGCUGCUCGUCAUUGUCCUUAGUAUGAAACUCCAGUCUGGAUCUGAAGUUUGCCCGGAGAGAGAGGAAACAGCAGCAGCAGCAGACAAGCAAAACCCUUCAGUUGCUCCAACCUGCGACUACGAGCAGUGCAAGUCCCAAUUCUCUAACACUGAAGCCCAUCGUUGUGGCUGCCAGCAGUGUGCAGACGGCUGGCAGAUGUUUGGACGCACGUGUUUUUACCUGUCCACUAUCAGGCUGAACUGGGACCAGAGCCAGAGGAACUGCACCGCUAGAGGAGGAUCUUUGGCUGUCAUCACCAGCCAGGGUGUUCAGGAUUUUCUGACUAAGAAAGGGAACCUGAAAUACUGGAUUGGCCUGAGACGCGACGGAGAUAAUUGGAGCUGGGUCAGCAACAGUCCCAUGCAGGAGAGAUAUUGGGCAGAAGAUGUGUCAUCAGGGGACUGUGGCUUCCUGAGCAGUGAAAGCCCAACUGAGAAGAACUGGAACAGGGCGUCCUGCCAGUUCUUCACUUACUUCAUCUGUCAGGUGCAGAUCUGACAGCAUCAUGCCUUUGACAGAAAAAUCAGCAAAUGCUCUGUCCAUAAGCACCGACUCCUCAACAACAUAAUCAUUUCUAUUUCCACCUCACACUUGCAUCAGUAGAAUCCAGCAAAGAAAGAUAAUGACGCUUCUUACGUAUUCAACAACUGUGGUAACGUUAAGUCAAAUGUUUGAAAGUUAUAUUUUCUCGCAGCAUUGUGUAGCAUAAUUUAGACUCUUAUGUAUUGCAGAUGUUGCUUGUAAGUACCAAUCAGGGUGUUUCAUUCUUACUGUAUGAUUCCAUAUACUGCUGUAUGACUUUUUAACAAAUACUAUAGAGGCCAGUGAUUUUGUUUUAACAGGGUUUUAUUUUCAUAUGAAAACACUUAUACAUCUACCUAACAAGUUGAAUGUCUAUAUUUCUAUUUGUUCUAGCUUAGUAUAUACAAUAUUACUGCUACACAUUUUUUAUAUUGCUUUAAAAAUAACACAACUCUUUUCUAUAGCAUAAUACUGCAGGAAUAAUUGCACUGUUGACUAAAAAGAAGAAUUUAGAUCGUUCUUCAGUGAAAUUCAUCACCACUUUAAAGUCAACUUCAUAUAUUCAGAACUGUGCGACGAUGGACGGCCUCAGAAAACACACCCCAUGCUCAGGCAGACCCUCAUUCUAAACAUGUUUAAUGUCCUGGUCCUCCUCUGGCUCCUCCUGCUCCAUCUCCAAACCCAAAGCGCUGUGGCGAAUCAUCUGCCAACCAGUCAGAGACUUCCUGUUGACAAACCCACCUCUGUUUUUGGGUCGGAGCUUCGGGUUCUCCAAGCUCGACCCCUUAAUUGUGUCAGUCUUCUCCAUUCCCUCCUUUUCCUCCUCCUUGGAGAAGGCUUUGACGUAGCGUCGCAUCUUGUGCAACAUUGAGUCAUUUCUGUCCUCAACCCUGCAGAGGAUGGAGUAAACGCUGAAAACUAUUAUUGAAAUUAGGCGUAACAUUUCCUGUGAACCCUCAGUUGUCCUCAUCAAGUAUUUUCCCCUGACCACAAACUACGUGGCCUUUAAUGCCCGGCAGCUUUAGGUCAUGUUGUGCUUUGAGUCAGAGCCACAACUCUCACUCAACUCUUUUUACUGACACAGUGCUGUUAUUAUCACCCCUACCCAACCUCUGUACUGACCACACACAUCGACUUUAAAGAUUUGAUUUAUGUUGAUCUUCUCAUCGAACCCUCAGCAAGUGCAAAUAGCCUAUGUGUAUUUCCCACAAUGCUGUAGUACCUAUAUGCAGGUAAUAGUAGGCUGUAGGCUAAGAGAAGAAUUGUGCUUCUUAAUCACAGCACAACAUGACAUUUGGCUGCAAGAGCAUGACAGGCUACGUAGGCUGUGGUCAGUGGACACACUUGUGUCUCCCUGUGUGAUUAUUUUGAGUGAAAAUAGUAAGGCUAAAAAAAGGUUUACUGCAUGUCACUGCAGUUCACUGUGAUGUCACCUUUGUUAUGUAACUUUCUGCUACGUAAGAGUGUUUUUUAUUUGUGUGGAAUUUUUUCUUUUCUUACCUGAGAUACCAGCGCUCCUUAAGGCCGUAGUCGAGCCCACAAACCCCGAGCCGAGGCCACAGCCAGCGUGGCAGCCUCCUCUCCAGCAUCAAAGUUGUGGCCACUACCUGCACAUCAAUAAAGCUCCUACUAUGACACAGCAA